AAUAAAAAUGAUGGAUUUUGGGAUUACUAGUCGUAUUUUGAUCAUCGUCAUAGUGUUGAUGAGAGCAGCAGAAGCAAGCAUGAGCAGAGAAAUGCAGGCAUUGAUGAAAUUUGGGUGGCCACGUGAUGAUAUCAACUCCACAACUCAUCACUGCAACUGGACUGGCAUUACUUGUGAUGAUGCUGGCCAUGUUGCCGAGAUGAGCCUCCAUGGAUGCAAUGCUCCACUUUGUUCUUAUACCACUACUCUUAAUUUAAACUAUUUUGAUGUGUUUGCUUUUACACAUCUCACUAGAAUUCAUCUCACCUCAUGUGGCCUCAAUGGAACCAUCCCACAACAGAUAGGUUACCUCUCCCAUCUAACUUAUCUCAAUUUGUCUCACAAUCCUCUAAAUAGUGAAUUGCCUGCGUCACUUGCAGAUCUCACUGAAUUGCAGGUGCUUGACAUUUCUGCUAGUUAUGGCAUUUAUGGUAUCAUUCCGCCUGAAAUAGGAAGCUUAUCCAAACUAACUCAUCUCAAUUUGUCACACAAUUAUCUCUAUACUGAUAUGCCUCUCUCGCUUUUCAAUCUCACUAACUUACAGGUCCUUGACAUUUCUAAUAACAGUGCCAUUUACGAUGUCAUUCCACCUGAUAUAGGAAGAUUAUCUAAACUAACUCAUCUCAAUUUAUCACACAAUAGACUCUACAGUGAUCUGCCUAUCUCGCUUUCAAAUCUCACUAACUUACAAGUCCUUGACAUUUCCGAUAGUUAUGGCAUUUUUGGUGUCAUUCCGCCUGAGAUAGGAAGCUUAUCUAAACUAACUCAUCUCAAUUUGUCACGCAAUUAUCUCUACAGUGAUCUGCCUCUCUCGCUUUCCAAUCUCACUAACUUAUAUGUGCUUGACAUUUCUCAAAACAGUAUUUUUGGUGUCAUUCCGCCUGAAAUAGGAAGCUUAUCCAAACUAAUUCAUCUCGAUUUGUCGCACAAUAAACUCUUUAGUGAGCUGCCUCUUUCGCUUUCAAAUCUCACUAACUUACAGCUGCUUGCCAUUUCCCAAAACAACAUUUUUGGUGCCAUUCCGUCGGGAAUAGGCCACCUCCAGCAUUUGAUUGUUCUUGAUUUGAGCCACAACAGAAUCAGUGGCUCUCUGCCCUCAAGUCUGAGCCAAUUAACAAGAUUGGAAUUCUUGAAACUGGACGCCAAUAUGUUGGAAGGUGUUUUUGAAGCAGGAAUACAAAUGCUUCCUUCAAUUAAAACGAUAGGUCUCAGCAAUAAUUCAAUCGAAGGAAGGAUACCUUUUGAGUUUGGAGAUGUUGCUAAUGCACAGUUCUUGAAUAUCGAUCUGUCUCAGAACUAUCUUCGUGGUAGAGUUCCCGAAUCUCUUUCGCAUUUGGAUGGAAUCGAUCUGUCCAACAAUCGUUUAGAAGGUCGGAUUCCACCAAACAUCUGGCAUAAAUUUCCAAAGGAAUCGUUCUUGGGAAAUUCAAAGUUACGUCUUCCAAAUGGAUCCAGGAUCACUCCAAUUGCGAUGGAGGAAGCCAAACAUCCUCGAAUACGAAUAAGUUAUGCUGUCAUCGCUGUCAUCGCUGUAGUGAUACUAUUUGGAUGUGUGUUUUUGUUUUCAUCAGGUUUCGUUCUAACCUUUUACUUGAGAAGAAAAGCAACCUCAGUCACACCCCAUGAUGACCAGAGACAUGGAGACAUAUUCAAGAUAUGGAACUUCGAUGGAAACAUAGCCCAUCAACACAUCAUCGAAGCGACAUCAGACUUCGAUUUCGGAUACUGCAUUGGAACUGGAGCUUAUGGGAGCGUCUACAGAGCUCAACUGCCAACUGGAAAAGUCGUUGCUGUUAAAAAGCUUCACAGAUUCGAAGGAGAAAAUCCUAAUUAUGACAUGUGUUUUAGGAAUGAAGCCAAGCUUCUCUCUGAAAUACGCCAUCGCCAUAUUGUCAAGCUUUUCGGUUAUUGCCUGCACAAACGGAGCAUGUUCCUCAUCUACGACUACAUGGAAAGAGGAAGUCUGUUUUGUGUGUUGAAGGACGAGAACGAAGCCGUGGAGUUAGAUUGGAAGAAGAGGGUAAAUGUGGUGAAUGGCAUUGCAAAUGCCCUAUCAUACAUGCAUCACGAUUGCAGCCCUCCUAUUGUGCACAGAGACAUUUCGAGCAGCAACAUACUCUUGGAUUCACAGUUUGAAGGUUGUUUAUCUGAUUUCGGAACAGCUAGAUUGCUGGAUCCAGACUCAUCCAAUCAGACUCUACUAGUGGGAACUCGCGGCUAUAUUGCACCUGAGUUGGCCUUUACCAUGGUGGUCACAGAAAAAUGUGAUGUGUACAGUUUCGGAGUUCUGGCACUGGAAAUCAUGUGUGGAGAUCACCCAGGGGAUUUUGUAUCAUCCAUGACGAUGAUGAAGAGAUCCACACAGUUUGCUCAAAACUUGACGGUGCAACAACUCUUGGAUAAGAGACUAGCAUCCCCAGAUGAAGAUGUAAGAGUGUCGAGGGAAAUUGUUGGAGUGGUGAAAACAGCACUCAAAUGCAUAAGUUGUGAUCCAAAGUCACGGCCGUCUAUGAAGGAGGUGUCUCAGGAACUUGCUGCCAACCCACCACGCUUGACGAUGCCCUUACGCUCCAUCUCAAUGCUGCAGCUAAUGCAUUCAGAUUGAGCUCACAACUGCUUUUUUUUUUUUUAUAAACUUAAAGAUGUGUAAGUGUGUAUCAUUAUCGAAUCAAGAUAGAUGUUGAAGUACCCUCAACUGAACAGGAUCAAAAUAUUGAAAACUUGUUCUUUGAUGGAUACCAAACUGAAAAUAUUUGUUCUA